AAAAUACGAAAAUGUGCGCGCGGCUGUGUGCGCGCAAGUCAAUAAAUUAAACAACGUGGCAAAAACUGUAGCGGUUUAUGCAAUGGGCCAACCCCAAGCUGAUCGAUUUUCAUCAGUCACCAUAGAAAAUAGAAAAGGAUUAUAGCAAUUCAAUCUCAAUCUCAAUCUCAGAGGAGAUAACUAUGGCGGUGCUGAAUGCGUUGUCCCCGCCAACCAAAUCUCUACUGCUUGCGUCAUCCUCGGAUCAGAUUUCCUACUUUUUAACUAAUAAUGACGGCACGAGCUCGCGUUGUUCGCACAGAGCUAUUUCCAAAUGGAGUUCAUUUCCCACAAAUUCCGCGGUUCAUAAGCAAAAAACUCCAACAGCGAAAUUGAAGCUGUACGCGAUGCAAUCCCACACAAGUUCAUCAGGCAUUGGAUUUCCAUGGUUAAAAGACACCUCUUCUAAUGGCAAUACAAUUCUUGGUCGCGGAAAAACCAAAGGCCCAUUGCAUUCUGUGUUCCCCACGAAACCAGCUGAAGUCUCUUCUGUAAAAGACCUUUUUGAAUUUAUAUGCUCGGGUCCUCUUAUGGACAAAGUAGGCCUAACCCCAGAGAAAGUGGCUGAAUCAAUUGACAAGUGGGUGUUGUGCGGAUCACAGCUUUGUAGAUUGUUUCAGCUGAACGAACUUUAUCUCACAGAGCCUCAGAAAGUUCGGUUAUACCAUUAUUACAUACCGGUUUUCUUGUGGUGUGAGCAAGAAAUCUCGAAUCAUAAUUCUAAGUUCAAAGAUGGAGAAGAUGUCCCCCCUUUGGUGAUUGGAUUUAGUGCGCCACAAGGUUGUGGCAAAACAACACUCGUCUUUGCAUUGGACUUCCUUUUCAGAAUCACUGGGAGGAAGACUGCUACUAUAUCCAUUGAUGAUUUUUAUCUCACAGCAGAGGAUCAGGCCAAACUGAGAGAAAGCAAUCCUGGGAAUGCACUUUUAGAGUUACGUGGAAAUGCUGGUAGUCAUGAUCUUAGGUUGUCCAUCGAGACAUUGACAGCCGUAAGCAAAUUAACUAAAGAAGGCACAAAAAUGAAGCUGCCUCGGUAUAACAAGUCCGCGUAUAAUGGUAGAGGUGAUCGAUCCGAUCCUUCAAAGUGGCCAGAGGUGGAGGGUCCACUGACUGCUGUUCUAUUCGAAGGCUGGAUGCUUGGUUUUAAACCCGUGCCAGUUGACGUCGUGAAAGCAGUUGAUCCACAGCUUGAGAUUAUCAAUAAAAACUUGGAAGCUUAUUAUGAUGCGUGGGACAAGUUCAUCAAAUCAUGGAUAGUAAUAAAGAUUCAGGACCCCAGUUAUGUCUAUCAGUGGCGUUUGCAGGCUGAGAUUGCCAUGCGAGCUGAUGGAAACCUAGGAAUGUCUGAUGAGGAGGUUCUUGAUUUUGUUUCAAGAUACUUGCCAGCAUACAAAGCAUAUCUCCCUACUCUUUAUUCUGAAGGGCCAAAUGGAGCCGAUCCUAAUCAUUUGCUCGUUGUCGAUAUUGAUGAGGGCCGAAACCCAAUUCUCGGUAAUUAGAUGACAAAUCCCAAGUUUCAGAUUUUUUUAUUUUUUUUUUGUAUGUAAGUUAAUUCUUUUAGUUGUUUUACCAAUAAAACAGAUUAUCAGAAAGUCUUAAUCCUGAUGAUGCAAGAAUGUAUAGAGUUUCCUAUUGGGGAAAAAUUUGACAAAAAAUCCUACUAUUUCAUACUUAAGCAAUCUGGGCACAUAGGAAUUUUUUUAACAUAAAUCACAGUAUUAUGCACUCCAAGUCAACAAAAAGAUAACAUGUAGAUAUAUAUAGCAAAUUCCAUUAUAUUAG